AUGGAAAACGGAUAUAGAGAACUAGAAAGUUCACCCAUUGCAUUAUUCAGAGGAUAUGUUCAAGCUUUUAGACCAUUGCUACAGUGCAUUGAGUCUGUCAUUAACUGCACAGAUUCUACGGGGAACACUCCUCUUAUGAAGGCUGCUUCACUCGGAAAUAAAUUAUUAGUCAGAGGAUUGCUGUCGAAUCCAAAUAUAGACAAAACAAUAAAAAAUGGGAAAGGACAGACAGCUUUUAUGAUGGCAGCGGCUGAAGGCCAUACUCAAAUUUUAAAAUUAUUGUACAACGACGAAACAAACGUUAACGAUGCUGACCAUACUCAACAAACAGCUCUAAUGCUUGCAUUGAAAGGCAAUCAUGAUCAGGCAGCUAAAUGGUUAUUAAAUAAAAGUGAAUCUCUGGCUGAAAUACCUGACGCUAGUGGAAGUUAUCCUUUGCAUAUCGCAGCAACUACAGAUAAAGCAAAUAUGUGUCAAGAGCUAUUAAGAAAAGGGGCGUACUUAGACGAAAAAGACGAUCAAGAAAAUACGGCCUUAAUGAUUGCAGCAGAGAUGGGUUCUGUAAAAGCUUUCAGGUUUCUACUAAAGUUUGAUCCGAAUAUUGAAGGCUAUAAUAAAGAGGGUAGAAAUGUGCUGAGUAUAGCUACCUAUAAGCGCCAUAACACUAUUGUUGAUAUUAUGAUGAAAAAAUUUCGCCAUAUCAGAGAUGAUCCUAAAAUGGUUAACGACACGUUAGCUAUCGCCGCCGAGGUGGACAAUGACGAGGCUGUGGAUAUCAUGUUCAGGUAUACAUCAAAUUCAGGUGAUUCGAACAGAGGAGGCCAUGCUCUAGUUGUCGCCACGAAAAAAACACACAUCAAAACUAUGAAAGCUUUACUUAAAUAUGAGGCCCCAAUAGAUUGUGUCGAAGACGAAGAAACUCCUCUGUGUGCUGCAGCACAAUAUAGUCAGGCGAGAGUUGUUCAGCUUCUCUUAGAUUACAACGCAAAUGUAAAUUUAGCAGAUAUCAAAGGGUGGACACCACUGAUCCACGCCACCGUGAAAGAAAAAGUGGAUAUUGUAAAAAUGUUGUUGAAAAACGGAGCAAUAGUUGAUAAAUAUAGCAAGUCGGGCCGGACUCCUCUUAUGUUUGCCAGUAGAAAAAAUAAUCCUGAGAUCAUAGAAAUUUUACUUGAGAAUGGCGCAAAUGUAAACCACGCAGACCUGGAAGGUAACACAUCCCUUAUUAUAACAGCAAAGCACGGAAACGACAGGGCACUGCAAAGGCUGCUUAAGGAGAAACCCAACACCGAGUCUCAAAGAACUGAUGGAUUUACAGCUCUUAGCAUCGCUGCUAAAAAGGGUCAUGCUGUAACCGUUCAUAUUCUCUUAAACAACCAUGCUAACGUCCAUGCGUUGGAUGUGAAAGGUCAAACAGCUUUGCACCAUGCAGUAGAUGCUGGUCAUUUGGAUGUAGUUAGAAUUUUAAUAGAAAAUAAUGCAAAUAUAAAGCAGGUCGACAGUUAUGGGUACUCUCUUUUGAUGAUAGCAAAAAGACAACAAAGAAAUGACAUUGUAAAGUACCCACUAAAAAUUAAUGGAGAAAAACAAACCUUUCCGAAAAGCGUUCAUCACAGCCCUAAUUCAAAUGUUCACACCGAAGAAAAACAAACUUUUCUGAAAAGCGUUCAUCACAGCCCUGAUUCAAAUGUUCACAACGGUGAAGAACAAACCUAUUUGAAAAGCAUUCAUCACAGCCCUGAAUCAAAUAUAAAAGGUUAG